AGCAAGCUAGCUCACUGCACAGUUGAAUGUAGUGAUAUCAAAUCAAGCAGGUCAAAUAACAAGAUUAGAAGUUUUAUUAGGUUCUUCGUUUGAUUAAUAGUGAUACUUUGAAUCAAACGACAUUAAACAUGGGUGGUAACGUAAAUGGAUUAAAUGCGGCCACUAUUUUGGCGUAUUAUAUUGAGUAUAAGGCGAAAAAGUUCGGUGUUACGUCGAACAGUUCGCCGAUUCGAAAUUUUCACACAAACGAAGUGACUGAUGCGGUCGUUGAACUAUGUGAGGAAUUUGAGCAUAGAUAUGCAAAGAGCUUUGGGGAAAUGUGUAGGGAAUGUGCUUGCAAUAACUUAACGCAGGAGGGUUAUUGGAGCAUUUUGAGUGAACUGGUGGGCAAGGAUUUGCACUGGGGUCGCGUAAUAGCCAUAUUCGCGUUUGCGGGGGCAUUGUCGGUAGAUCGAAUGCGGUCGAAUUGCCAUGCGGACGUUGAGAAUAUCCAGGACUGGACGUGCAAGUUCAUGAGAAAACACGUGGAACAAUGGGUUGACAAAAAUAACGGAUGGAAUGGACUAGUAGAAUUCCACAACAAACCAGAUGAUAAGCAGAACGGUGGCUGGGGCUCUAUGUUCGUGAGCGCGUUCGGUUCCGCGUGCCUGCGAGUGCUUCUCCCAAACCAUUGCUAAGGACAAUGAGAUAAUCUAUAUAUAUCGCCGUUGUGUCUGCUUUUUCGUAAGAGACAAAGCCACUCAAAGCAACUGCGAUCGUGGUCCGACAAUGACCGACUGCGUUGACUUCGGGUAGCUUGCAAGCCGAAUGGAUUUAUAUAUAUAAUUUCCAAAUCUAUCGGAAAUAAAUCCAAACUCCGUUUAGUGAAGUUUUCGCUGACCGAUCAUACAUUUCGUCAUUGAUCUGUCUGCUGCGCGUGACAAGAAAGAAGUCGUAAAUUCCAUACUAUUCCGAUAUCAACGCAGAGCGGAGGCUUGAAUUAUUGAUUUCCCUCGGGAAAUUAUUACACAGACACUACUACUCAAAUUUUAACGGGAAAAAAACGAUUAAGGAAUAUUAUUUUCGCGCAUGUAAGUCUUACCAUACCAUUGGUGCUUACUAAGAAAGUAUAUACAUCUGUGGCUUGAAUAUGUGUGAUUGUCUACAGGACUCGGCAGCAGAGAAAUGUUCUAGUCGUCAUUUUCUGAAAUUUCACAUGUAUAUAUUUUCAUUAAUCCAUUUCAAUAUUAUAUUGACAGCUUUAAAU